CCCGCAAUCAGUCCAAAAGUUCCCAAAAGUCCAAAACCUCCUCAAACUGGAACUGAGAAGUUCUACCGAAGCUGUGGCCAUGGCGGCCUCCAAGAUUGUAAUGGCUUCUCUGACCCAUUACCGACCGCUAACAUGCAGCGCCUCCGCUGCCUCCUCGGCCUCCGGCUCAGCUCGUCUGGUCUCGCACGCGCCUUACUUGAUCAAGUGGGUGCGAAGAGAGGGCGGGUUCGUUCACCCCGCGGUGAAGCUGUCACUGGAUCCAUUCUACGGUCUAGGGUUGGCGGCGUCUGAGAGGAUUCCCAAAGGGUCGGACUUAAUUGCUUUGCCCCAUCACUUGCCGCUGAGGUUCGAGUCCGGUGUCGGAGACGAGGCUGCUGCAGCAGACCCUGUUCUAGUCAAAUUGGCCGACCAAGUUCCAGAGGAACUGUGGGCAAUGAAGUUGGGUUUAAAGCUUCUUCAAGAAAGAGCAAAGGUCGGGUCUUUCUGGUGGCCAUACAUCAGCAACCUCCCUGAAACUUACAGCGUACCGAUCUUUUUCCAGGGAGAGGACAUUAAGAACUUGCAGUAUGCUCCACUUUUGUAUCAGGUAAACAAGAGGUGCCGAUUCCUUCUUGAUUUCGAGCAGGAAGUCAAGCAAACCUUGAAAGAUGUUAGUUUGAAAGAUCACCCUUUUAAAGGCCUAGAUGUGGAUGCAUCUUCUCUUGGCUGGGCCAUGUCAGCAGUGUCUUCUCGGGCCUUUCGGUCACACGGCAAGAAUAAGUUCCCAGAUGGGUCAUCAUCUUAUGUCCCUAUGAUGCUCCCUUUGGUUGAUAUGUGCAAUCACAGCUUCGAGCCCAAUGCUCAAAUUGUUCAGGAGCAAGAGGAACAGCCUCAGAAAAUGCUACUCAAGGUUACUGCAGAAAGAGAAAUCAAUCAAAAUGAUCCCUUGCUUCUGAACUACGGUUGUCUGAGCAAUGAUCUGUUUCUCCUUGACUACGGCUUUGUGAUACCGUCCAACCGAUAUGACUGUAUUGAGUUGAAGUAUGAUGGAGCUCUUCUAGAUGCUGCAAGCAUGGCCGCUGGAGUCUCUUCACCAAACUUCUCUUCUCCAACUCCUUGGCAGAAAGAGAUCUUAUCCCAAUUAAAUCUAGAUGGAGAGGCUUCUCUUCUGAAGGUUACUAUUGGAGGUCCGGAGUUGGUUGAGGGCCGCUUACUCGCUGCCCUGAGGGUACUUCUCACGAGCGACAAGGAUGCCGUGCUGAAACAUGAUCUGAACAUGCUCAAGUCUCUGCCAGUGGAAGCCCCCUGUGGUAUUGCCAAUGAGGUGGCAGCUUUUCGGACUGUUAUAGCCCUCUGUGCAAUCGCACUGGAACACUUCCCGACAAAAGUAAUGGAGGAUGAAUCACUUCUAGAGAACGGUGUUUCUGCUGCUUCUGAGCUAGCCAUCCGUUUCAGAAUCCAAAAGAAAUUGCUGAUUGUAGAUGUGAUGAGGGAGCUCUCGAGGAGGGUAAAGCAAUUGUCGUCUAAGGAAACAGUUGGUUAUUGAGGAUUCGUGUAAUGUGAGAAUCUCUUUAUUUCUCGGGUUUUGAUCCAAUUUUUUUGAAAAAGUUCGCUUUGGUCCUUUAGUCACUUGCUCCAUUAGUUCGAAGCUGAAGCGGUCUCCUUGAUGGGAAUAUAUAGCCAAUGGGCUGAUGUACGUGGUUACUGACCAUCCCAAAAGCUAAAUUAGAAGUUGUUCCAGACAAUUUAAGUUGUAUGGUGAAAUUCACCGAGCACUGUGAAUUGAUUUUGUUCUCUGUAAUUUAGUCAUUUCAAUUCCGCUGAGGCAAUUUUCUUAGGAGGCAUGAACAAUAGUUGAAAUUGUAUUCCUUCUUUCACUGAAAGAACAAAAGUCCCCCUUCUUGUUUUU